GUCGAACUAACCGUCGUCGCGUUUGGGCGUGUAGUAGUUGUAGUGUUUCUGUUUCCCUUUGUUUACAUCUAAACCAAUUCUUUGUGCUUCCAAACGCGCGAUGGAAAGUCAACCCUUUGUUCUUGUGUAAUAUAUAUGUUUGUAUGGAAAACAUGGCUUCGGACAGCCAAUCAGAUUCACAAGAGACCAAUUCUACAGCAUUGGUUGAAGAUUCUCUAAAUAUUACCUUUGAGGAUGUGUGCUACAAAGUUAGAGAUUUGUUCUCGGGUGGAGGACGCAAGACGAUUCUCAAAGAAGUCAGCGGACAAUUCAAUUCAGGAGAGCUCAACGUAAUUAUAGGACAGUCUGGGGCGGGAAAGAGUUCUCUCAUGGAUAUACUAGCUGGAUACACAAAACCAACUACAGGCAGGAUCUACGUAAACGGGCGGACGAGAAACGAGAAACUAUUCAGAAGACGGUCCUGUUAUAUCUUACAAGAUGACAAGAUUUAUGACACGCUAACCGUCGAUGAAUCACUCAAGAUUGCAGCUGAAUUAAAAUUAGGAAAUCACAUAAGCAGGCAACAAAAGAAGAAGCGGAUAGAGGAAUUGAUGACAUCGCUGGACGUUGGAAGAGUAAGAAACACGAGAGUGGGAAAUCUUUCCGGAGGUCAAAAAAAGCGACUGGCCAUUGGAUUAGAACUAGUCAGUGACCCACCAGUUAUGUUUCUGGAUGAACCAACGAGCGGUUUGGACAGUUCAAUAUCAAAGCAGUUGGUCUAUCUUCUACAUUUACUAGCAAGACAGGGGCGAACUGUGAUCAUAAGUAUGCACCAGCCUUCAGCCCUUGUCCUUCAUAUGGUGGACAAGCUAUACGGCAUUGUAGCUGGAAGAUGUGCCUACAUGGGAUCUGUAUCACUCCUACUGCCUUAUCUUAACCAAAUGAAUCUUACGUGCCCGCCAUAUCACAAUCCGGUAGACUUUUUUAUAGAAAUAUGCAUAGAAAAUGAAAACCUUUUAGUUGAAUUCUCCGAAAAUGGUAAAAGUAAUAAAUGGACUCAAAACAAUUCUCAUGAGACUGAUAAAAAGAUAAUAGAAUAUAGAAGAAGCGAAGAAGUCUAUUUAACAACUUUACCAUCAACCAAGGGAGAUCCGACAAACAAAAUAUUGUUGGCUCUCAAAAGUACAUACCCCACCUCAGCUUGGAACCAAUUCAUUAUACUAAGUAAAAGAUCUCUUAUGGGAGUCUGGCGCAAUCCCUCCUUCGCCUUAAUGAUAACUGGCAUCCACACGGCCAUGGCCUUGUUUGUUGGACUUCUGUUUUUCAAUGUGGGUGAGGACGCAACCUAUGUUAGAGACAAUUACAACUUUCUCUACUUUAGUCUCAUGUUCCUGAUGUUUACAGCGUUCACUUCUGUGUCCAUUAAUUUUCCAGAACAAAUCCCAGUUAUAAGACGAGAGCACUUCAACAGAUGGUAUAACACUGGGGCGUAUUACGCUUCAACAUUAGUAUCAACAUUACCCAUACAGACAGUGUGUACGCUACUGUUUGCGUCUAUUACCUACAUUCUAACCGGACAGCCUUUAGAAUUCAUACGAUUUUCAAUAUUUAGCAUAACGUUACUACUAGUGUCAUUUGUUGCCCUUUGCGCCGGUCUCUUUAAUGGAUCGCUAUUUACAGUGAAAAAUGGAGUUAUCUUCGGGCCACUCUUCAUAAUGCCAUUCACGAUAUUUUCCGGUUUCUUCCUUCGGUACACCGACGCACCUAGGUUCAUACAGUGGAUAUUCAAUGUCUCAUUUUUAAAACACGGUCUAGUUGGUUUAGUUAUUGCAAUAUUUGGUUUAGAACGUCCUAAACUAAUUUGUUCGGAUUUGUACUGCCAUUACUCGUAUCCACGAAAAUUCAUAAAAGACAGUGGAAUGCACGAUGAAAAAUAUUCACUAGCUGUCAUAGCCCUGCUGACAAUCGGAUCAACGUUUAUUUGUUUGGCUUACACAGCUUUAAAAAUAAGGUUAAAAAGUAAAUGGUAGGUACAUAAUUAACGCAAACGUGUUGUUCUGUAUUAUGUAUUUAUAUAUACAUAAGUCGUAUUAUAUGGUAUUUUGAAAUAUUAAGAAAUAUAAAUUAUGUUUUAUUUUACUGCAAAAUACGCUGUACCUAUAGAUAUUUUCUGUUGUGUUAUGAAUUGUAUGAGUUAUAAAACAAACAUAACUUUAAAACUUAAACGCUCAAAUUUUUCUAUAUAUAAAUAUAUAUAUACAAAUAUAUCGCCAACCCGUCUUGAGCAAGCGUGGUGAUUAAUGCUCUAACGUUCUCCAUGUGAGAAGAGGUCUUUGCUCAGCAGUGAGCUCCUAUAGGCUGAUAAUGAUGAAUGAUGAAGUGAUCUAAGAAUAGUGUACAUGAAAAUAAAAUCAGUCACCACUCAAUUAUUAUAAAAUUAUUAAUUAAAAUUCUACUUCGUUACAAUACCACAAAUAUUUUUUCGUUUCGUAGUUUUUUAAGACUUAAAAUUUUUGUUAAAAUCAACUCCCGUUGUUAUUCUAAAUAUAUAUACGUAUUUACAUGGAUUUACAGGGGACGAUUCGUUUAUACGUUUAGACGCUUUUCUUAAUAUUAUAUGUAUCAGAACAGAUAGAUUAUAAUAUUGUAACAUACAUUAUAUAUAGAUAUGAUAUAAGUCAAAAGCCAAACGUUCGUAACGGGUGUUUUUAUAUUGUUUUAUCGAAUAAUAUAAUAUGAUUGGUACAAUAUAUCUACACAUAAUAUAAGAUUGUAUAUAAAUACAUUGUUUAUAUUAAUCUAAGAAGAACAAUAUGUUUUUUUAACAAAUAAUCUUAUAAAAUGCAAUGGGUGAUGUGUCAUAAGAUUAGAAUUAAAUGGUGUGGUAAUGCUGCUAUAAAUUUAUAAAAUAUGUGAAACACUCAUUUAUGCAAAGUGAAAGUAAAUUGUAACAACAAUUAAUUGAAGUUCAGAUAUUCUGUGCUCGUUUGUUGUCAUUAAAAACAUUCCCUUACAAUAUAUCAACGUUAUUCUGUGAUUUAGUACUAUUUAUUAUGCAAGUUACAUUGAAAGAGAUUUUUUUUAUAUGAGUAAAAUUAAGUAGCUAAUAAUUGAUGCAUGGGCUAUUUUUUUUUUAAAUGUUUAAAUGACGGUGUUCAUGUUAUGUUAUUGAAGACUUUACUGUGUUGUGUGUUGCCAUAAAUAUUUUUUUUUUAAACUGCGCUCAAUAUACCAUGUCUUUUUUAUGAAUUGUUAUUUAAAGAAAAAAUUCGUAUCAUGACAAUAAACAUUGAAUUAAAAUAAUAUUUUUUUCAUUCUACUCUAGAUUUAUCUUAUAUUAUUAAUCUAUAUAUUAAAAUUUUAUUUUACUGUAUAUAAUAAUGUAUUUUCCCGAACUGUUCAACAGUGUUGGAUCUGUCAAGAAGAUGCUGGCAAGAAAGUAUAGUUGUAUUAGUCAAACUAGCAUUUAACUUUUUAUUAAUAAUGAAUUACACGACAUCUUUAUA